CUUUGAAGUAAAACCAUUUCGUUAACAGCGUCUGUGCGUCUCGACUCUAAAAAUCAACUCAGAGGUACACUACAAAGCAAUCGAUCGGGGUGCAGUAACGAUACCGCCUGCUCUAUUCCAAAAUACAGGGUUCCAGCGAAUGCAGACAUGUUCACAAUUGCAAAAAAUGGAAACACGGAAAAGGAGACGAAAUGGUGCAGAGGAGGAUGGGCCCAUCUCCCAAACAAAACGCAGUAGCAGAAAUGCUGUUUUUCAGGACUCUUGGGAUACAGAGAAUGGAGAUGUUCCUGUCUUUGAAGCUGAGUAUUUACAUAAGUCUUCCAGCAGUGAGAGCGGCAGUACUAGCAGUUGCAGUUGCAGCAGCAGCAGCAUAAGCAGUCCUGACAGAGCUAGUGGGCCAGAAACCAGCCUACACCAGAUGCCAGGAUCGAGUCCUGUGACACCUCCUCAGUCUUUCCAUGAGCAGUCUGCACUAUGCCAAGGUCCUUACUUCCACAUCAACCAGAUCUUGAAGGAGGCACACUUCCAUAGCUUACAGAGCAGGGGCCGUCCUGCAACAUGAUGAGCCCAGCAGUUCCCUGCCUUCUGUGAAGGGGGACAGCACUGUGUGAUGAGAUAUUUCAACUUAAAAGUUUGUUAAAAUUGCACAAAAUGCCUGUUGAUUUUUCAGUCUCUAUUUGGAAUAACAGGUUAACAGGCAAUUGUUUACUUGUGGUUUGCUGCACUAUUGCAAUGCAAAAGGGGCUUUGGAGCAAUUUUUAUAGGAUUCUUUUGGGUUGGGUGGAGAUCUUUGACAUGUCAUACUGGGUCUAAGAAUCCACCUCUGUAUUAUAGGAGUGCAUAAUGAGUCCAGUCUGACAUCUUAAUCUGUUCAUUAGUUACUGAUGCUUUAUGUAAAAUCCUUUCAAACAUUUGUGUUCAGUUUUAUAAGUCUUUUUUAAUUUCAAUAAAUAGUGAAUAUGUUUUUAUGGUAAAUCUUUGGAAAGUUGAAUAUCCAUAUGUCAUUAUGGCUAUGAAAAUGCUGGUAUCAUUCUAUAGAGUAGGCCAUGCUUUAUUGAACUCAGAACACAAGUGCAAAUGGCUUGUUUUCUUACUGUACUGAAACAGGAGCUGUUCCCUUGAUUGUGUACUGAACUGGAUUGGCUUUCUGCUUAUCUGAAUACAUUUGACUAUUUAAAGUUUAA